CUACCUGCAGGUCAAGUAGCGCAGCGCCUUCCUCAAGUUCAAGUCCCGACCCACCUACACUCGCUCAACCCGCUUUCCCACUCGCCCUCCCUCUCUCUCGCCCUUUCCUUCAACACCGAACCCCCUUUCCGACCACAAUGCUCACCACCACGACCUCGCUCGCCCUCCUGGGCCUCGCCAGCACUGCCGUCAACGCCGCUGGCAUCGUCGACAAUCUCCAGCUCUUCUCCAAGCUCACUAGCCUCGCUGCUACGCACUACGAGGGCGAGUACAAGAUCCAGAACGUCGCGACCGGCGACUACCUUCACUUCGACCGCCCGGCCGACACGACCAACCUCGUCACGUCGUCGUCGCCCAACACGGUCACGCUCGGGCACGACUCGGCGUACGGCCAGUCGGGCGUCAAGUGGGACACGUGGACGGGCACCUACAUCACGGGCAUGAGCAAGUGCGUCUCGGCCCAGUGGGACGCCGACCUCGGCGUCGACGGCGCCGCCGUGUCGUACGCGUGCAAGGUCGGCGGCGCGAGCGACGGCAGCGACUCGCUCGAGGUCGCAAAGCAGUUCUGGAAGCUCGUCCCCUGCGGCUCGUCGUCGUCGUCGUCGGAGGACGACUCGUCGUCGUCGGACGACGUUGCCGACACGGACAACUCGGUCCAGUUCAACGCCGCCUCGUCGUCGUCGGGCUCCAAGCUCGCCGCCCACGCCGACUUUUCCGCCUCGUCGUCGUCGUCGUCGUCCGAGGACGACUCGGCGCCGACCACGACCUCGAGCGCGUCGGCUCCGAGCAAGUCGGUCGACAAGCACGACCGCAGCACCUGGGUCUGCCGCCACGACGGCAAGUGGCUCGCGCGCCACUACCGCUACGUGACCGAGGCGGGCCACGUCGAGUGCAAGGACGAGCUCGAGGCGUACUGGGCGAGCCAGAAGCGCCGCAUGGCGCGCCGCUCGCGCGUCGCGCACGGCGCCGCCGUCGACACCGCUGUCGCCCGCCGCGAGAAGCGCGACGACUCGACCUACUGCAUCAUCGCCGUCGACCACCUUACCGACAUGGCGACGCGCGCCCUGACGCCCGACCACAUCUCGACGUUCGGCGGCUACUCGUCGCUCAAGCUCGCCGAGUGGAACGAGAACGACUCGUCGCAGCACUGGCGCAUCACGUCGGCGUAAACCCGCCCUCUCCUCUCCUUCGCAUUUCGGAACCCACCCUGCACAGUUACCCCCCUCUUCGUCAUGCACCUCCCCUCGCCUCGUUUACGCUCACCAUGCGCUUGUCGCCCCCCUCCUUCUUUCUCAGGGCCUGGUCGCCCCUCAUUUCCCUCUCUCCUUGCUGCCUGCCCUCGUUCCCUCUCUCUCUCUCUCUUUCGAUCCUCUGGUUCGCGCGGUGCAACCGCAGCGUCCCCUUUUUCU